UCAUAUGACUAAAAUGGAGGAUGGAUGUAACGAAUCAGCAAAUAUUGUGGGCCACAGAGUCAUACAUCAGCUUCCAACUUCGUCUGACUAUCGACGGGAACCUGCCCGCAUCAUCACCUUUUCACGAUCUCCCGCACCCUUACACCACCAAGUGAAGUUACGAGGGUGAAGAUACCUCUACCGCACUUCUCUCAUCAUGGACACUUCUCUCAUCAUGGCAGAACUCCUCAUGGCAAGGGAGCCGAAGAAAAAGCAAGAUGUCCUAAGGGCGAUGUUUGUCGGCAAGCAGCUGUCCGAGGUCCCUACACCCAGCGUCGUCCUUGACCUUAAACAGGUCACGGUGAACUGUGAGCGCAUGCUGGAAGCGGCCGAAAACCUCGGUUUGCAAUGGCGAGCUCAUAUCAAGACUCACAAGACAACAGAGCUCACCCGCCUCCAAGUAGGCAACGAGCUCAUCACUCCAGUCCUGCUAAUCGUCUCCACCAUCCUCGAAGCCGAGAACAUCACCCUCCUCCUCAAAGAGUACCAAUCCAAAGACCGCCAUGUCAACGUUCUUUUUGCCUUCCCGCUCUUCGCCUCCGCCGUCCCCCGUCUGGCCGCCGUCUCCCAGCAGCUCGGCCCCGAUGGCUUGUCGGUUAUGAUCGAUCACGUCGACCAGCUCCCCUACGUCAAGGCCAUCCACAGUGCCUCGGGCAGCUACCCUCCUCGCGUGUUCAUCAAAAUCGACGUCAACUACGGCCGAGCCGGCGUCAAGACCGAUUCGCCCGAGUACCCGGCUUUAAUCGACGCCCUACUGGCUGCCGAGCAGGAAGGAUGGCUGGUGCUGCAUGGCGUGUAUACCCAUGCCGGCCAGAGCUACGGCGCGCGCAGGCUUGGAGAUGCUAUGUAUGCUCUUUCCAAUGAGUUCAGGAACGCCCAUAUUGCUGCCGAGAAGAUUCGCGAGAAGAGCCCGGACCACGCUGCGCUGGUGCUGUCGGUGGGCGCGACGCCGACGGCGACGACGAUUCAGAGCCCUUGGUUUAUGGAGGAGUGUGAUGUGCCCAGGGGAAACCCGAGUGGAAGCAUGAGGCCGAGGCCGUUUGAGGAGGAUCUUACGGAGUUGUGGGGCAGGUGGCAGAAGGAGGGAUAUAUUCUUGAGGUUCAUGCUGGUGUUUACCCGACCCUCGAUCUCCAACAGGUAGCAACUCACGCACGACACACCGGCCUCCUUUCUGAACAAGAUAUCGGCAUCAGCGUAGUCGCCGAAGUCGCCUCUGUCUACCCAACCCGUGGCCAAAAUUCCACCCCUGAAGCCCUCAUCAACGCCGGCUCCCUGGCCCUCGGCCGCGAGCCCGUAGGUCUAGACAAGAAAACGGGCUACAACGAGGAAACCGCCAAGCCCUACACUGGCUGGGGCGCCCUGAUGCCUUGGGGCGUUCUAGCAGGGACGGAAGAAAAGGACAGGAGCGGCAAGAUUCUCGGCGAGAGGUUCCCUGAUGACUUCAGGGGUUGGCAGGUCGGCAAGAUCAGCCAGGAGCACGGCAUCUUGACUUGGGUAGGGGAUGAGGGGAAGAAGGCACCCGAAUUGAAGGUGGGUGAUAGGGUGAGGGUGUGGCCGAACCAUGCUUGCAUCAUGGGGGCGGGUUUUGAGUACUAUCUGAUUGUGGACUCGAGGUACCCGGGGCAGGAGGAUGAAGUUAGGGAUGUUUGGUGUAGAUGGAAUGGGUGGUGAUUACGAACGGGGUAGAGAUUAAAGGGCUUCGGGAGCGAGGGAUGGAGGGAUCAUAACCACUCAACUUCAGCAUGCUAAUUUCUGAUUUGGUCUCACGCAUGCAAAGGCAAAAUUUCACUAUUCUGUGAAUGCUUCGUU